UGGCGACGAUUAUCUAACGAAUAAGUAGGGCAAAGUUGUCGCUAACAAUGAAGUUUUGGGCUCAGAUUGUAAAAAAACUCACCUAAUAGAAUAAUAACUCGACAUAUUCUUUGUGUUUCAAUCCUCGCCAGUAUGGAUGACACACGCAUUGAGUGGAUGAGAAACAAGAUUUACCUCGGACUGGGAAUUACAGACCCUGAAGUGUUCGACGAUUUGUUGUCUCGAGAAGAUGGACAAUUUGAAAACGAAAUCCUAAAAUUUCUUAAUGAAACUCCUAAGGAAGGAUGUACUAUGUUAUUUUAUUCUAUGCUGAAGGAAGAAGAGGAGGAAAUUGAAGUUGAAGCAGAACCAGAAUUGCCAGAAAUAACAGCCGAUGCUGACGAAGAAGGUGAGAAGACCUCAACAAGUGGUGCUGAAGGUACUGCUGAGGGUGAUGACUUGAUUAUGGAGAGAGUUCCAUCUGCAAAUUCAAAGGCUGUUGAGGAAGUUUCUGUCAAGGAUGGUUCACAGGAUGCAGAACCAGCCCAGACUAAUCCAGAGACUGGGGAGGAGGUUGCAACAGCUUCAGGCGAGGGAGAAGGUGAAGGAGCAGAGUUAGGAGAGGAAAAUCAUGCCACACCUCUACCCCUCAGAACAAAAAUCAUCAUACAGAAAGUUCUGAGAACAGUCAUGUAUGUUUGCUAUGAGCACCUUCCUGAAGAGUUUGCAGAUGAGAAUGCCUUCUACUUUUUACGGAAUACAACCGGUCCUGUUUCUCUGCCAUCAACACUCGAGGAAGCAGAAGAAAUGCUUCCUCCUCUAUUUGAGUUUGGAUCACAUAAUGGACCCUCACUACAGAUGUUGGAGCACCUUUUAACACUGGUGUAUAUGCCUCUUCUGUCGCACAAUGGUCAGCGGAAUGAGUCUUCUUCAGAUAAUGGGAGUCAUAAGAGUAGUGCUCAGAUUGGUGAUGAACAGAGUUCAGAGGAAGGCCGAUCAAGGGUUAUCUUAAGAGAUGAAUUCCUUAUGAACAUGCAGAAAUUUUCAUCUCAUAUCAGCAGGACAAUCCAUCAGUUGGAGGGUGACAUUCGUCUGGAAAUGCCUGAUGUCAUUCUGGGCGAUGACAUUGCAGAGAUGGCAAAAGACUUGGAACUAGUAACAAUGCUGGAAGAAACACUGCACAACUGGGAAGUGACAAUUUCAUCAGCAUUAGAGGUCCAGCUAAAGAAAACACCACAGGGAAAUGGGCCCUUGGCUGAGAUUGAUUUUUGGAGAGAGAGAAAUGCUACAGUUAGUGCUAUUACAGAGCAGCUCAAACUGCCAACUGUUAACAAAGUUGUUGCUCUCUUAACAAACCUUCACUCUGAAAGCCUUGCUAGUUUUGAGUAUCAUCGAGCAGAACUCACAAAAUAUUACACAGAAGCUAAAGACAAUGUGCGAUUUCUUUCUACCCUUGAAAGGCAUUUUAAAAACCUGGCACAUGGUGCAAGUUUUAAUAUAGUCCUUGAAACAAUACCUUCUAUGAUGAAUGCUUUGAGGAUGGUGUGGAUUAUUUCACGACAUUACAACAGAGAUGAGAGAAUGGUGCCUUUAAUGGAAAGAAUUGCAUGGGAACUUAGUGAGCGGGUGGCCAAGAUUGUCAAUGUUCGCACUAUUUUCAAAGAGCCACCCUUCCUCGUGAAGCAAAAAACCUCAGAGGCCAAGAAGACACUGGAAACAUGGAAGGAGUCAUACUUUGAUGUGCGAGCCAAGAUAGAGGCUUCAGGAAGAGAUGCCAGAUGGGAGUUUGACCGAAAACGUUUGUUUGAGAGAACAGAUCAUAUGGCUUCAAUCUGUGAAGAUUUGAAGGAGGUUGCAACAGUGAUGGAAGAGUUCUAUAAUAUCUUUGGACCUGAACUGAAGGCGGUGACCGGGGAUCCCAAACGUAUUGAGGAUGUUUUGAAGCGAGUUGAUGGACUGGUGAAACCCAUUGAAAAUGUUGGAUUUGAUGCCUUCAGCCUCAGGCAUGCUGCAAGUUGGCGCAAUGUGAUGGACUGGUUCCACAGAGAAGUUACAGCCAUUGAAAAUGAGGCUAGACACUUUAUUGAUGACUCAUUCAAGACCUUGAGAUCUGCUGAGGGAGCUUUUGACAUGCUUUUGAAUUUCAGACACAUUCGUUCACGUGAAGCUAUCAACUCACAAAUGAUGAAAAAGUUCAAUGACAUCUUGCUGCAGUUUGGAAAAGAGGUGGAUGCAAUGUAUGCACUGUUCAAAGCCAAUGCAGACAAGCCUCCAAUCUUCAAGAAUCAGCCUCCUGUGGCUGGAGCCAUCAGUUGGGAACGUUCCCUCUUCCUUCGCAUAAAGCACACCAUCCUGAGAUUUCAAGAAAUGGAGGACAUGCUGAAUUCAGAGCAGGGAAAAUUCGCAAGCAAAAAGUAUCUUAGUGUGGCACGGCAGAUGAAAGAAUAUGAAGACAAAAAAUACGAAGCAUGGAAAGAGCAGGUUGAAGCAAAUCUAUUGAUCUACCUCAAGAAAAAUCUGUUGAUCAAACCAUCAGCAAGCUCUGCAACCACACACAGAAGUGCUGUUGAUGAAGGAAAUUCUGAGGAUGCAUCUGGAACCUUAGCUGCUGUUUUGCAGGCCCAAGCUGCCUCUCAUUCCAACUUACAGUAUGUAGCAGAUUUUGCACCAGAGUUAGGAUUGAUUGUUAUGGAGACAAAAUACUUAGAGCAGCUAGGAUUCCAGGUUCCUGAGCUGGCCAGAAAUGUUGCUUUGCAGGAAGAGAAGUACCUGAAAUAUGUGGAUGGCCUGAAGCUUAUGUUAGACAGAUACCACACUGUUCUUGGAAGUCUCAAUGUUGCAGAGACACAACUUCUGGAAGAUCACAUCAAAGAGUUAAAACGUGUCCUAAAGCCAGGGGCAAAACGAUUGAACUGGAACUCGCUUGGAAUAAGUGACUACAUCACAAGAUGUGGACAGGCUAUCAGCAAAUUUGAAUCACUUGUGAAUCAAAUCCAAAAGAAUGCUAAAGACAUCAACAGCCGCCUAGAGAUGAUGGAGAAAACAGUGUUGUUCAAACACCCACCGCCCAAAAUGGGAGGAGCACUUCCUGAUGCAAAGGAGUUCUUUGAGUAUCUUGAGAAAGCAAGAGCAACGGAGCUUGAAAACUUGGCCAGAAGAUAUAGAGCUAUUGGACCGCUUCUGACGAAGAUGGAAGGACUUGUCGUUCACACAAACACUGGCAGAUCAACCAAACUACAGCCUUACUAUGCUUACUGGGAGAAUGCAGUCUAUGAAGCCCUCACAAAGAUGGUGACUAAAAACCUGCAGCAGUUUAACCAGCAACUCCAUGCCCGUCAGCCAUUGUUCCAGAUCGAAACAGUGUUGUCUGCGCCAGAGAUUGUCUUGUCUCCCCCGGCAAAUGAGAUCUACAAAUUAAUCAUGCAGUCAAUCAGAGACAUGGUGGAGGGAACCAGAAUGUUUGUUCGAUGGAUGAACGGCACGUGCAUCGAGACUCCGCCCCAGCACGCUGAAGGUGAGGACGAGCCAGUAGUGUUCAGUUUCUUCACCGAUAUCUCGGCCAAUCCUGCUAUCAUAGACCAGGUGACUACUCUUUCUAAAAGCGUGCAGAACACUCUGGGAAACCUGAACAAACACCUGACUCGCUGGCGCAGGUACAGAUUGCUAUGGAAACUUGACAAGAGCAACAUGGUGGAGAAGUUUGCACAGAAGAAACCCACGUGUAUUGCUUAUGACGAAAAGCUACAGUUCUACUCAAAUCUGGUCAUUGAGGUUGGAAACCAGGCCAUGACGAAAGAUAUCGAUUUUGUUCGUCUUAAUCUGGACCCGCUGGCAACGACCAUUCAGGGAAAUGCAAGGGCCUGGGUAAAAGAGCUGGGCAAGUUUUUGAACGAAUCGGCGAGGGAAGAUCUGAAUGCUCUCAAGGCAGAAAUUGAGGGUUUAACAGAUGAUCUCAAGCGAGAACCAGACACACUAGAAGACUUGAAGUUUGUGCUGCGCGUUAUUGCAGACAUCAGAGACAAGUCUCUUGAUGUAGACCUUCGCUAUGUCGACAUUCAGGAAAGAUACCGAACAAUUCUUAUGUACGAGAUUGAGGUUCCCGAGAGCGAGCUGGAGCUAGCCACCAACAUCACGCAAGCGUGGGAUGACCUGUUCCUGGAAUCUCGCAUGGUGGACGCAAGUUUAGUCUCUGUUAAGAAGAAAUUCACUGAAAUCACGCAAGAUCAAGUUUCAGACUUUUCCAAAGACAUUUCAAAGUUGAAAGAAAGCUUCAUCAAUGAAGGUCCAAGCUCCAUCGGCACUGAUCUUGAAGCAGGUGUGGAACUGUUAAAGAAAUUCAAAGAAGAGUUUGCAAACUUUGAAAAGGAGCGUCAAGAACUGGCGAAUGCUGAAAAACUGUUUGGUCUUCAGAUCACUCUUUACCCUGAACUGCUGGACAUGGAGAAAGAGCUGAAGGGAUUGGAUCAGAUCUUCUCUAUUUACGAGAAUCAAAAGGCGGCUCGUGAUGAAUGGGCCAACACACUGUGGGCCAACCUUGAUGUGUCAGUGUUGUCAGAGGGUAUUGACGGCUUUAUUAAACGACUUAAGAGACUCCCGCGAGAGGUGAAAGCCCUACCGCUGUGCCAUAUUCUGGAGGAGAAGAUGAAGGAGUUUAAGAAUUCCAUUCCACUCUUUUCUGAUCUGAAAAACGAGGCUUUACGGGAACGUCAUUGGAAGAAGUUAAUGGAAAUGACUGGCAUGAAGUUCGAUCUCAAUCCAGACACCUUCACUCUUCAGAACAUGUUUGCUAUGGAGCUACACAAGUUCCAGGAUGUAAUCGGUGACAUCACGGCUAGUGCCACAAAGGAGCUUGGGAUCGAGAAAGGUAUCAGUGAAGUGGGUGACACGUGGGGUGCUAUGAAAUUCACUGUGUCCAAGUUUAUGAAGGGAACACAAGAGAGAGGCUUUAUUUUGGGAGCUGUUGAUGAAAUCCUGCAAAUUCUGGAUGAUAAUGCCAUGAACUUGCAAAGCAUGUCCGCCUCGCGGUUCGUGGGACCGUUCUUGGAAACCGUUAACAAGUGGGAGAAGAGUUUAUCGCACAUCGGAGAGGUGGUUGAGGUUUGGAUGGUUGUGCAAAGAAAAUGGAUGUACCUCGAAAGCAUCUUCAUCGGUGGAGACAUCAGAGCUCAGCUUCCAGAGGAGGCCAAAAAAUUCGAUGACAUCGAUAAGACAUUUAAGAAGAUCAUGAGCGACACUGCAAAGAAUCCAAAAGUGUUAGAAGCUUGUCAUGCCGCCAGUCGUCUGGAGCAGCUGCAGAUGUUGGUGGCUGGUUUGGAAAAAUGCCAGAAGAGUUUAAAUGAUUACCUGGACUCCAAGAGGAACGCCUUUCCAAGGUUUUUCUUUAUUUCUGACGACGAACUGCUCUCUAUUCUCGGCAGCCAUGAUCCACAGUGCGUACAAGAACAUAUGAUCAAGAUGUUCGACAACAUUGCUAAGUUACGUUUUGAAGAAGGGACUGGUGAAGAGAUGCUGGCCACUGCCAUGCUCAGUAGCGAAGCUGAAGUGAUGGAGUUCAGGCAGCCAGUGGCGGCCGAGGGACGAGUGGAAGACUGGAUGACAAACGUGCUGAACGAAAUGAGAAGGACUAACAGACUCAUCACCAAAGAGGCCAUCUAUAAAUAUGGCGGCGAACUGUCCAGAAUUGACUGGAUGAUGGAGUAUCAAGGAAUGGUGGUACUAGCUGGAAACCAAGUCUGGUGGACAUGGGAAGUGGAGGAUGUGUUUAGAAAAGUAAAGAAAGGAGACAAGAUGGGAAUGAAAAAAUACGCUAAAAAGAUGCACAAACAAAUCAGCGACCUUGUCGAAAAGGUUCGUCAGUCAAACCUGACCAAGAAUGAUCGAAAGAAGUUCAACACAGUGCUGAUUAUAGAAGUUCACGCCAGAGACAUUAUUGACAGUUUUGUUCGAGACAGCAUCAUGGACACCCGCGAGUUCGAGUGGGAGAGUCAAUUGAGGUUUUACUGGGAUCAAUUGCCAGAUGAGUUGAUGGUGCGUCAGUGUACAGGCGAGUUUGGUUAUGGAUACGAGUACAUGGGACUGAAUGGACGACUGGUCAUUACCCCCCUGACAGACAGAAUCUACCUGACUAUCUCUCAGGCCUUGUCCAUGUACCUUGGUGGCGCUCCCGCAGGGCCAGCUGGUACAGGAAAAACCGAGACGGUGAAAGAUCUGGCUAAAGCUCUGGGGUUGCUGUGUGUCGUAACUAACUGUGGAGAGGGUAUGGACUACAAGUCCAUCGGGAAGAUCUUCUCUGGCCUGGCUCAGUGUGGAGCCUGGGGCUGUUUUGACGAGUUCAACCGUAUUGAUGUGUCUGUAUUAUCAGUGGUCUCCACGCAGAUAAAGACACUACAAAACUCACUUAGCAACCAUCUCAAGAGAUUACAGUUUGAAGGUACAGAGAUAGCACUGGAUGGUCGCAUGGGGAUCUUCAUUACCAUGAACCCAGGCUACGCCGGUCGUACGGAACUCCCUGAGAGUGUCAAAGCUCUGUUCAGACCUGUAAUGUGUAUUGUGCCAGACCUGCAGCAAAUCUGCGAGAUCAUGCUUUUCUCCGAAGGGUUUUUAAUGGCCAAGGUCCUUGCCAAAAAGAUGACAGUAUUGUACAAACUUGCGUCAGGACAGCUGUCCAAACAAUCUCAUUACGACUUUGGGCUUCGUGCACUAAAGGCUGUGCUUGUGAUGGCAGGAGAGUUGAAGAGAGGUUCCCCUGAUCUGAGCGAGGAUGUAGUGUUGAUGCGUGCGUUACGUGACAUGAACUUGCCAAAGUUUGUGUUUGAAGACGUACCACUCUUCCUCGGCCUCAUAGCAGACUUGUUCCCAGGCCUUGACUGUCCAAGAGUACGAUACCCAAAUUUCAACGACGCAGUGGAAUCGGUGUUAGAGGACAACAAAUACAUAUUGCUUCCUCAUCAGGCCGAUAAAGUUGUUCAAAUGUACGAGACCAUGUUGACACGACAUACAACUAUGAUCGUGGGCCCCACUGGAGGAGGAAAGACUGUUGUCAUUAAUACGUUAGCGCAGGCGCAGACACGUCUGGGCAUCACUACGAAGAUGCAUAUUAUGAAUGCCAAAGCAUGCACAGUAGUGGAGUUGUACGGAACAUUAGAUCCUGUCACAAGGGACUGGACUGAUGGAUUACUGUCGAACAUCUUCCGUGAGAUCAACAAACCCACUGAUAAAAACGAACGUAAGUAUAUCGUGUUUGACAGUGAUGUGGACGCCCUGUGGGUAGAGAACAUGAACUCUGUUAUGGACGACAACAGACUGCUGACUUUGGCUAAUGGCGAGAGGAUUCGGCUCCAGAAACACUGCGCCUUGCUGUUUGAGGUUUCAGAUCUUCGAUACGCAUCUCCGGCCACUGUGUCUCGUUGCGGAAUGGUGUACGUCGAUCCCAAGAACCUGGGCUAUAAUCCUUACUGGCAGAAAUGGUGCAAUGCUCGAGGAAGUGAUAAGGAGAGAGAAGAACUUAACAGACUAUUUGAGAAAUAUGUGCCUCCCUGUAUCGACUUGAUUCUGGAAGGAAUCAUUGAAGGAAAAAUCGGAAAGAAGCUGAAGACGAUUAUUCCUCUGACUAAUCUUAACAUGGUUGUACAAUUGUCCCAGAUGCUAGAUGCACUGCUCCCCCCUGCAGAAAACGCUCAAUUCCUGGGAACUGAGAUAACAGAGGCUGUUUUCCUGACAUCACUGACUUGGUCGCUGGGUGGAGGCCUGUUGGAGGAUGGGCGGAUUGUAUUCGAUGGAUUUGUGAAGAGGAUCGCGUCUUUGCCUCAGAAUCCAGCUGAAGGAAGCGUUGUUAAACCAGGUGAGAUCCCGAGCGCCCAGCCUACGAUUUUCGAGUAUUAUUUCAACACGAAAAAGUGCCUUUGGGUGCCCUGGGUCGACGUCAUCCCUGAGUACGUCCACGACCCCGAGAAAAAGUUCUCGGAGAUUUUGGUGCCUACUGUGGACACUGUUAGGACAACAUGGCUGCUUGAGCUGAUGGUCAGUAUUAAGAGACCUGUGGUACUUGUGGGGGAGACCGGUACAUCCAAAUCGGCAACUACAUCCAAUUUCUUGAGGGGACUAGAUAAAGAUGCAACGCUUCUUCUCAACAUCAACUUUUCGUCUCGAACGACAUCCAUGGACGUACAAAGGAAUCUCGAGGCAAACGUAGAGAAGAGAACAAAAGAUACUUACGGUCCCCCCAUGGGUAAGAGACUGCUGGUGUUCAUGGAUGACAUGAACAUGCCACAGGUUGAUGAGUAUGGAACACAGCAACCAAUCGCAUUGCUGAAAUUACUCCUUGAGAGGGGAGGGAUGUAUGACAGAGGAAAGGAACUCAUCUGGAAGAACUUCAGGGAUAUUGGCUUCGUGGCCGCUAUGGGAAAGCCGGGUGGUGGUCGUAACGAAGUAGACCCGCGUUUCAUCUCACUGUUCAGCGUGUUCAACGUCACUUUUCCUUCACAAGAAUCCUUGACGAAAAUCUACUAUUCCAUUCUUAACGGGCAUUUGGAACCUUUCAAAAAGGAAGUCAGAGAGCUAGCCUCCAAGAUCACAGCCUCGACACUGCAGUUUUACAACAAGAUCAUACAAAAUCUACCACCGACACCUUCCAAAUUUCACUACAUUUUCAAUCUUCGGGAUUUGUCCCGUGUAACCCAGGGAUUGUGCUUAAGCACACCCGAUAGGUUUGAUACCCCCGGGCAAUUCGUCCGACUGUGGAAGAACGAAUGUCUCCGAGUGUUCUACGAUCGCUUGACGAGCUCGUCGGAUAAGAAGAUCGUGAAUGGAUACAUCAGCGAACUUGUAGAACAGAAUUUUACCAGUUAUGUGGACACCGUAAAUCGAGAGCCGAUCUUGUUUGGAGAUUAUCGCAAUGCUUUGACUGAAGAUCCGCGGUUGUAUGAAGACAUCGUGGAUUAUGAAGCAGCCAAGGCUAUUUUUGAUGAGAUUCUGGAGGAGUACAACAUGGACCAUGUGCCAAUGAACCUAGUUCUUUUUGAUGACGCCAUCGAGCAUCUGACACGUGUACACCGCGUGAUCCGCAUGGAGAAAGGUCACGCCCUUUUAGUAGGGGUAGGAGGUAGUGGUAAACAGUCCCUGACCAAGUUAGGCGCCUUUUCUGCCGGAUGCGAGGUGUAUGAGAUCACCCUCACGAGGGGCUAUGAUGAGAAUUCCUUCAGAGACGACCUGAAGGGACUUUAUUCCAAACUUGGUCUGGAAAACAAGAAAAUGGUGUUCCUGUUCACUGAUGCUCAUGUAGCACAGGAAGGUUUCCUCGAGCUCAUCAACAACAUGCUGACGUCAGGAAUGGUUCCCGCGCUUUUCCCGGAUGAUGAGAAAGAGGGAAUCAUUGGUCAGGUUCGUGAUGAGGCAAACAAAGCCGGAGUACCACCCGCACGGGAGUCCAUUUGGCAGUACUUUGUUAACAAAUGUGCAAACAAUCUGCACAUCGUCUUAGCCAUGUCACCCGUGGGAGACACGUUGAGGACACGAUGCCGUAACUUCCCUGGUCUGGUCAAUAACUGCAGUAUUGACUGGUUUACAGCAUGGCCACAACAGGCACUACACGCUGUCGCCUCAGUAUUUUUGGGAGAGAACAACGACAAGAUACCCGAUGAGCACCGUGAAAAUGUUGUCAACCACGUGGUGUAUGUACAUCAGACUGUCGGCGUGUACAGUAAAACAUUCUUGCAGAAGCUGAGGAGAGUUAAUUACACCACACCAAAGAAUUACCUGGACUUUAUCAACACUUACAACAAACUGCUGGAGGAGAAAGACAAGUUUGUCUUGGAACAGUGUCAUCGUCUUGACGGAGGUCUCAGCAAAUUGCUGGCCGCCAGCGAACAGCUGAAAGAGCUGAAUGAAAAACUUGAGAUACAGAAAGUGGCGGUGACAGAGAAAAGCGAGGCCUGCGAGAAACUGCUCUCUGAGAUUCAGCGUGCCACCGAACUAGCAAACGAGAAAAAGGCUAUGGCAGUUGGGAAAAGGGAGGAAAUAGCCGAACAGAACAAGGAAAUAGUUGUUGAGAAAGCCGAGGCAGAGGAAGCUCUUGCCCAGGCUCUGCCCGCGUUAGAAGAAGCUAAACUGGCUUUGCAGGAUUUAGACAAAUCUGAUGUCACUGAGAUCAGGUCUUUCGCCAAACCCCCUCGCGCGGUACAGAUGGUGUCAGAGUGUAUCGUCGUGAUGCGUGGCUACAAGGAGGUAUCGUGGAAACAAGCAAAGGGAAUGAUGUCGGAGGCAAACUUCUUGAAGAGCUUGACAGAUAUGGAUGUGGAUGGUAUUACAAGCGCUCAGGUGCGUCGAGCCCGUGAUAUGUUGAAGGAGAUGAACAUCACUGUGGAAGAGAUGAGAGAAGUCAGCAAAGCAGGAGCUGGAUUACUUAAGUUUGUGGUCGCCGUGCUUGGAUACUGCUCUGUUGCCAGAGAAAUCAAGCCAAAGCGAGAGAAGGUGGCUAGGCUAGAGCGAAAUUACCACCUCAGUAAACGUGAAUUGGAGAAAAUCGAGAAAGAGGUGAAAGCUUUGGACGAGGAACUGAAAAAUCUCGGUGAUAAGUACGAUGCCGCCAUGAGGGAGAAGUCAAGUUUACAAGAAGAAGCGGAAAUCAUGGAAAGGCGCCUGAUAGCAGCUGAUAAACUCAUAUCUGGUCUGGGAUCAGAGAAAAUAAGAUGGACAGAAGAUCUUGAAGAACUAAAGCGUCAACGAGUUCGUCUGUUAGGAGACUGUCUUCUGGCCUCGGCCUUCCUCAGUUAUCUUGGAGCCUUCACUUGGGACUUCCGAUAUGACAUGUACCGUGGGGAGUGGGAGAAGGACGUCCUGGACCGGAGCAUCCCUGUGAGUCAACCUUUUAGGCUGGACACCUUCCUCACUAAUGAUGUGGAGAUCAGUCGAUGGACAUCAGAGGGGCUCCCUCCGGAUGAACUGUCCAUUGACAAUGGUAUCUUGACCACCCAGGCCAGCCGAUAUCCACUGUGUAUUGAUCCUCAGCAGCAGGCACUGAACUGGAUCAAGAAGAAAGAAGAGAAGAACAAUUUAAAGGUUGUUACUUUCAAUGAUCCAGAUUUUCUGAAGCAGCUCGAGUUCGCCAUCAAAUAUGGCUUCCCUAUUUUGUUCAAGGACGUUGAUGAGUACAUAGAUCCUGUGAUCGAUAACGUAUUGGACAAGAAUAUUAAAGGCGAGCCUGGCCGCGAAUUCGUUAUAUUGGGAGACAAAGAAGUGGAUUAUGACCCAAGUUUCCGUCUUUACCUGAACACAAAGCUGUCCAACCCCAAAUACACGCCGACGCACUUCAGUCGCUGCAUGGUAGUGAACUACACAGUGACUAUGAAGGGACUGGAAGAUCAGCUGUUGAGUGUUAUUGUAGGAUUCGAGAGGAAAGAGCUUGAGGAACAGAGAGAAAGACUUAUUCAGGAAACCAGUGACAACAAGCGUCUGUUGAAAGAUCUUGAAGACACGCUUCUUCGUGAACUGGCUACGUCUCAGGGUAACAUGUUGGAUAAUGUUGAACUUGUUCAAACUCUGGAAGACACCAAGUCGAAGGCCGUUGAGGUCGGUGAGAAGCUGAAGCUUGGCGCCAAGACAGCUAUCGACAUUGACAAGCUCCGCGAUGGUUACAGGCCAGCAGCAAAGCUAGGUGCUGUUCUUUUCUUCGUGUUAUCAGAGAUGUCAGCGGUGAAUUCCAUGUACCAAUACUCCUUGGCAUCUUACUUGCAAGUGUUUGACUUGUCUUUGAGGAAGAGCUUACCAGAUUCCAUUCUGCCCAAACGACUCAAGAACAUUAUGGACACCCUGACUAUGAAUGUCUACAAUUAUGCCUGUACUGGUCUGUUUGAACGCCACAAGUUGCUCUUUUCAUUCCAAAUGACCAUCAUAAUCAUGGAGGCAGACGGAAAGCUUAACCCCGAGGAGCUGGAUUUCUUCCUCAAAGGCAACAUCUCUCUCGAAAAGAGUUCUCGCUCCAAACCCUUUCCUUGGCUGCCAGAUCAAGGUUGGGAAGACAUACAGAGACUCAUGACUGUGACUCCAGACGCUUUCAGUUCACUGGCGGAUGACAUAGAGAGAAACGGAAAAGACUGGAAAGAGUGGUGUGACCACGAUGCGCCAGAAUCCGCCCCCUUCCCUGGUCGUUUCGAAGAAAAACUGUCAGACUUCCAACGUCUUCUUCUCUUGCGCUGUUUCCGUGUGGAUCGAGUUUAUCUGGCCAUCACCAACUUCGUGACCGGCAGAAUGAGCGAGAAGUACGUGACGCCGCCUGUGAUCAGUUUCGAGGCGAUAUUCGAGCAGUCCAACCCGUUCUCGCCAAUAAUCUUCAUUCUCAGCCCCGGCUCGGACCCUGCCAGUGAUUUGAUGAAGCUGGCUGAGAGAUCAGGCUUUGGUGGAAAUAAGUUGAAAUUUCUCGCUAUGGGUCAGGGACAGGAAAAGUUAGCACUGCAGCUGCUUGAAACAGCGAUCGCUCGCGGUCAGUGGCUGAUGCUUCAAAACUGUCAUUUACUGGUGAAGUGGUUGAGGGAACUUGAAAAAGUCCUGGAACGGAUCAGUAAACCGCACCCUGAUUUUAGGCUCUGGCUCACCACGGACCCUACCCCGGAGUUCCCUAUCGGGAUCAUACAGAGGUCCCUCAAGGUUGUUACUGAGCCGCCGAACGGUCUAAAGCUGAACCUUCGUAGUACCUAUCACAAGAUAACCAAUCAGGCGCUUGCUGACUGUCCUCACCAGUCCUUCCCGCCGCUUGUGUAUGUGCUGGCAUUCUUCCACGCCGUGGUACAGGAAAGACGAAAGUACGGGAAAAUUGGCUGGAAUAUUGCUUACGAUUUCAACGAGUCAGACUUCCGCGUGUGUAUGACUUUACUGAACACCUAUCUGACGAAAUCACUGGAGAAUCCUGACAAGAGAAUACCUUGGGCCAGUUUGAAGUAUCUCAUUGGCGAGGUCAUGUAUGGUGGGCGGGUCAUCGAUGAUUUUGAUCGUCGCGUUGUGAAAACUUACAUGGACGAGUACAUGGGCGACUUUAUAUUCGACACCUUUCAGCCAUUCCACUUCUAUAUGGGUGAAGAGGUGGACUACUUCAUUCCCAAACCUGAAAAAGAUGCUUCGGAAUGUAACCGAGACUUAUACGUGGACACCAUUGAAGAUCUGAGCCUGUCUAACACCCCAGACGUGUUCGGUCUGCACCCCAAUGCGGAGAUUGGUUACUAUACUCACUCGGCUAAGGACAUGUGGAACCACUUGGUGGAACUGCAGCCUCAGACCGGAGGAGAGUCUGGAGGCAUCAGCCGGGAGGAGUUUAUUGGCAAGAUCGCCACAGAUAUUCAGGGCAAGCUACCUCCUCUCUAUGAUGUAGAUCGGAUCAGGAAGAACAUCAUUGAGAUCACGCCGACUUAUGUCGUGUUACUGCAAGAGCUGGAUCGGUUUAAUGUCUUGAUCAGGAAGAUGUCAACUUCGCUUAUUAACCUUCAAAGGGCUCUUGCGGGCGAAGUAGGAAUGAGCAGUGAACUGGACGAGGUCGCACGUGCUCUCUUCAAUGGUCAACUUCCUAGUAUUUGGCGCAAACUUGCUCCAGCCACACUUAAAUCGCUUGGCAACUGGAUGGAGCAUUUCCUCAAACGCCUGAACCAGUACAAUAAAUGGGUGAAUGAAGGUGAGCCCGCAGUGAUCUGGUUAUCCGGGCUACACAUCCCGGAGUCUUAUUUGACAGCCCUUGUGCAAGCCACCUGUCGCAAGAACGGCUGGCCCCUGGAUCGGUCCACACUGUACACCACAGUUACUAAAUACAGGACUGGAGAGGAGGUCUCUGAGAGGGCACAUUCUGGCUGUUUUGUGAGUGGACUAUACCUGGAAGGUGCCUCUUGGGACCUAGAGGCAGGGUGCUUAAGGCGACCCAAGCCGAAAGUGCUUGUUGAGGAGCUGCCUGUCUUGAAAGUGAUCCCAAUUGAGGGACACAGGCUCAAAUUACAGAACACGUAUCGUUCACCUGUCUACACGACAUCUCAGCGCCGUAACGCCAUGGGAGUAGGAUUGGUGUUUGAAGCUGACCUGGCCACUCAUGAACACAUAUCUCAUUGGGUGUUGCAGGGUGUUUGCCUUACACUCAACUCCGAUUGAAAAGCUCCUCGUGUUGAACUGAGAAAUACCGCCCUGUGUCUUAAAUUUGUUUUCGUGUGUUCUCCUGUGUGGUUUGAUUCCAGGGUGGCGAAAUGUGGUUUAUGUUGCGUUGUAGUUUUAAAGAGCUAACGUCACUAAGCCCAAUAUAAGCCUAAGCGAUUUAGUGUUAAUUAAUGUACUUUUGUAAAUAGUAGAACAUUCCACCCGACCAUACCUUUUAUUCGCUCUCAAACGUUACUCGCGAUGUCAUUCUCCAGGUUGGAGUUUUUCUUGCGUGAAAAAAGAAAUAAAAAAAAACUGAAAUUAAAUUUGAUAGACGUGUAUGAAGAGUGUAUUUUGGGACGUUUUGCAUAAUAAAUAAACUUCAUUUUGCCUUUGAAAAAGGCUUUCA